AUGGCUUCUGAAUCCAAAGAAGUGGAGACUGAUUUAUCUCCAGUUCUGAAGGUCUACAAAGACGGCACUGUGGAGAGAUUCUUUACCUCUCCAUAUGUUCCUCCAUCAUUAGAUGAUCCCAUCACUCAUGUCUCCUCAAAGGACAUCAGAAUUUCAUCAGAAGUUUCAGCAAGAAUUUACCUCCCAAAGAUCACUGAUCCCAUCUGCAAAAAGAUCCCAAUUUUAGUCUACUUUCAUGGUGGUGGAUUUUGCCUGGGAUCAGCUUUCGCUCCUCUUGAGCAUCGAUAUCUUAAUCAAUUAGUUUCCAAAGUUAAUGCUGUGACAAUCUCGGUUGAGUACAGGCUUGCACCAGAACACUCUUUGCCUGCAGCUUAUGAAGAUUGUUGGACUGCCCUUCAAUGGGUUGCCUCAAAUCUUAAGGAUGAUUCUGAAACUGAUGGCGAAAAAGAGCCAUGGCUGAUUCAAAACGGUGAUUUCGAUAAAGUUUACCUGGGAGGUGAUAGUGCUGGUGGGAUUAGUAAUCCAUUGAUCAAUCCUCUCAGUGACGAUGCACCGGAUUUAUCGAGGAUUGGAUGUCGGAAGGUGCUUGUGUGUUGUGCAGAGAAGGAUGAACUGAGAGAUAUAAAUCUCAGAUAUGUUGAAGCAUUGAAGGAAAGCAAUUGGGAAGGUGAAGUGGAGCUGGCUGAUGUAGAAGGUGAGGGUCACUGCUUUCAGUUCUUUGAUCCUUGCACUGAGAAGGCACAGAGUUUGAUAAGCAAUGUAGCUUCCUUCAUCACUGGCUAA